UCAAAAUACGUAUAUAGAUUGAAUAAUAUAAAUAAACUAGUAAAUAAAUUAAUAAUUGAAGAAUGAAUGUCGAGGCUGGUAUUUUUCCAGAGCGUAUAAAAAAAAAAAAUUAUCUAUGUUCAGUAGAGGAUUGUUUUAGUAGUGCUGAAAAAAAUUUUAAUUUAAGGUUUCAUCGUUUUCCAAAGCCCAAUAAAUACCUUAUCAAAAACAAAAACUUAAAAACAGUAGAUCGUUUUUCAGUGUGGAAAAAUUUAUUGAAAAUAACAAAAGUAAUCAGCUCAACAAGAGUAUGUUCUUUACAUUUUGCAAAAGCUGACUACAUUUUACCAGAUAUUCCUUCAUCACAAAGCCAAUUAAAAAAAACAGCUAUACCAUCGUGUAAUUUGCCAGAUCCUGUGAUGCUUAAUGAGUAUAAUGAUGUACAACAACUAUCAUCACAUUCAUCAUCUUUAGAUGAAAGCUCAUCUUCUCUGGAAAAUGAUGAUGAAAAAUUAUCUUUAAAUUCACCACUUCAUCCAGAAUCACCAUCUCAUGAUGAUAAUACUGACCAAAUAAAUUCACCACCUUGUUAUAAUGAUGUUAUUGAUUUGUCAGUGAAGUUAAAUUCUACUGAUAUAACUGACCAAGAUUAUGAAUGUCAAAAUAUACCAAAUUCAUUCAUGUGUCGUACUGAUGCUGAACUAAAAGAUGUAACUGGUAUAGAAUCAUUUUUCUUACUUGAUUAUAUUGUUGAAAUAUAUGAGAAUAUUGCUGAAUUGAAUCAUGAAAAAGACAUGAGUAUAAAAGAGAAAAUUAUUAGAACAUGCUCAGAAUUAAAGAAAAAAAAAAGAGUUGACACCUCAAUGCAGUGGGUUAAUAACGUUGAUAGAUCAAUGGAAUCAAAUUAUUCUCCAUCUCUUGGUGAUGCAAAUGAGGUCAACAUGUUUGAUAAUUCAAUGGAAUCAAGUGGUUCUUCCAGUUGUAACUUGUCUACUUCUUCUUCUUCAUGUAAUAAUGAUAAUGAUGGUGAUACUAAUGAUGUGCUUAAUUUGUCAUGUACAUCAGGUUCUGUUACUUCACUUGAUGAAAACGAUGAAGUAUUAGACAUGUCAAUCAACACCAGUUACAGUCGACAUAUUGGAGUUCAAGUAAACACUGGUUUGGUCUCUCCUCUUUUUAGUCUUAAUACUGAUGCUGAGCUGAGUACUGCGACCGGUAUUGAAUCAUUCCCUAUUCUUAAUUUUAUUGUUGAAGUUGUUGAACGUAUUGUAGGAAGUUCUAAUUGGCAUAAAAAUAAGAGGAUGAGCACCAGGGAGCAAAUAAUUAUGACUUACAUGAAACUGAAGCAUAAUGCAUCAUAUGCUUUAUUGUCUUUAAUAUUUAAAGCUUAUUCAGAAAGGCAUUGUCAACGAGUAUUUAAAAAAAUGAUUUGUAUAUUGAGCAAGUGUUUACCAAGGAUCGCUAUUCGUUGGCCUUCAAGGGAACAAAACUCAAGAAAUAUACCUAAAUGUUUUGAAAAUUUUGAAGAUGUUAUUGUUAUAGUCGACUGUACUGAGAUACAUAUGCAAAUUCUAAUAAUAUGUAUGAAGUUACUUACGUUUACAUUAAAAUUUUAUACAUUUAAGUUUAUGACAGGAGUAAGUCCAUCUGGUACAAUUACGUUUAUUAGUAAAGCAUAUGGAGGAAGAGCAACAGAUUGUGAUAUUUUCCAAGAGAGUGGGAUUAUGAACUUGUUGAAGCCUGGAGAUGCAGUAAUGGUGGAUAAGGGAUUCCUCAUUGAUGAAAUUUGUUUACAAAAAAAUAUUAAACUCAUAAGACCUCCAUUUUUGAAAGAAAAAAAACAAUUUUCAUCAGAAGAGGCUAUUUUAACAUCAAGAAUUGCAACUGCUAGAGUACAUAUUGAAAGGUCGAAUCAAAGAAUUAAAAAUUUUGAUAUUCUUGGGUCAAUUUUACCUUCUCAUUUACGAGAAAAUAUUGAUGAAAUUUUUUCAGUAAUUUGUGCAACUGUUAAUUUGUCAUCACCAAUAUUAAGUGAUGAUAAAUUUAUGGGUCAUUAAGGACAGAAAGAAUGUUCAUGUGUUAAAUAAAUAAACACUAUAAUUGUAUAUAACUAAUUUCAUAAUUAAAUUGUAUCAUUGAAUUAAGACAUCGAAUGAUAAAAAAAUGGUAUAAGUGUCUGGAAUGAAUACAAUUGAUAUUCUUUUUAAUUUUUUUUUUAUUUUUUAUAAAUUGUAAUUA